GCUUUCGCCUCUAAAGCGCCAGGCGAGCGCCUCCAGCCGCCGCACUUUCACUCUCCGUCCGCCGCUACACUCGCUCCGUGUCUGGUCCCUGUGUUUCCCCUGCCACCCGAGCGCCCUCCCGCCCGCGCCAUGGACACCAAGGUCGUCGCCGUACUGGCCCUAGUGCUGGCUGCGCUCUGCCUCAGCGAUGGAAAACCGGUCAGCCUGAGCUACAGAUGUCCAUGCCGAUUCUUCGAAAGCCAUGUUGCCAGAGUCAAUGUCAGGCAUCUCAAAAUCCUCAACACUCCGAAUUGCUCUCUCCAGAUUGUUGCAAGACUGAAGAGCAACAACAGACAAGUGUGCAUUGACCCGAAAUUAAAGUGGAUUCAGGAAUACCUGGAGAAAGCUUUAAACAAGAGGUUCAAGAUGUGAGAGGUGGGUCAGACGCCUGAGGAAACCUUACAGAAGGAGCCCAGGUCUGAAGUCAGUGUUAGGGAAGGGCCAACAGCCAUUUCCUCUGCUCCUGGGCACGGCUGAAUGCAUUUCCAAGGGCCUUGUUUUUGCACAGUUUGCUUUAAUUUCACCAUUUGAUUAUGUAGCAAAAGUAAAUGGUGUUUAUUUUUCAUUUAGUUUGAUUAUCCAGUGUCAUUGGUGACUAAUAGGAACUUAGGCUAAGGCCAUUAUGUUAUUUGCCUUAUUAUAGUAUCUUUCCCAUGGAGCCCCCCUGGUCCUCUGAUUAGGGGUUCCUACAUUUUAUAUCUCUCUAAGCUGAGACAGGAGGCUCACCCCCUUUCCAAAUGGAAGCCGGGGUCCGCCUCCUCCCUGAGGAUUGCAGGGCUUCCUUGGGCUGAGGCAGGAAUGUGAGGCCAGGGCAGAGUGAGACCCACCCCUCAUCCCGUGCUCUCCUCCACAUCCCAUCACGUCCUUCUCAUCAUUCUCUCUCUCAUCCAUCAUCAUGUGUCUCCAAGACUGUCUCCAUGAUCCUGAAAAAGUACUCUCUCAAGAUGAAAGCUUUCACUGAAACUGGGCACCAAGAAGGAAAGCCAAAUACCUGGUGUUCCCUGAAAACACUGUGCACAUCUAUGUCUUGUUUGGAAUAUUGUCUGUUGUCCAAUCCUAUGUUUUGUUCAAAGCUGAUGUCCUCAUCCAUGACCAACAUCUUGGUGCAUGCACUGCCCCUUCCUCCUGUGCAAAGGCUGAGUGUCAGGAGCCGCCCCCUUGGGCACUUUGAAUAGUUCCUGAUUAGGGCUGUGAUCAAGCUGAAUCUGGUUCCCCCACGGGUCACAAAACUAGGUGGAUCAGCAGAUAGAGCCCAAGGGAAUGCUGUUUGCAGCAGCGCUGAUCUCUGAGGACUGCUAACACUCAAUGUCUCUAGAGUUGUUGAUAUCUUAAAACUUCAGAGUUUUUUCCUCCUGGUGCCAAGCUCAGUAUUGUUCUGGAAAUAACAAGGGGGAAAAUAUCAAUUUUUAUUAUUAUUUUCAAAAUAAAAAUCAUAAAAUAAUCAAUCCUAGGUAUGAAAAUCCCUUCCCAAUUAAAGUCUAACCAUCUUCUUCACCAUUGGGCAAUGCCAUCAUGUCUUACCUUAACCCUGGACUUCUCUCCUGGCACAUGUCAAUAUGCACUUCCAGGAUGUACAGCCAGGCAUUCCUCUAAGAAAGUGGGAUAAAAUUCCUGACAUUUGAAAUUUUCCCUUUAAGAGCAGUCUAUAGAGUUACAUUAAACUGCUUUAACAUGUAGGUAUUUGGAUGUCUUUGUAUGUUUUGUUUUUCAUUCAGUCUCACUAAUACCUUUCUCUUUUUGGUUAAAGACUCUAGUGAGACACUUUAAUGAGGAAGAUGGGAAAAAUGAGGAGCAAAGCAAGGAAAGUUAUCAGUUGACAUGACAUUGUACGUAGCGUGGAGAAAGGAAGUUAAAAAGAGAUUUUACUUGCAGGUGUUCUGAUAUUUCAUAAUCUGUAAUUAGAAAUGUGUGUCAGGCAUUUCCAUAAAUAUUAGCUUAAAUUGGUUUUUUAUAGAAGAAGUAAAUCCAUCUACCAAAAAAUUUCCCCCAAUUCAAACAUAAGAUUUUCAAACCAGUUAUGUUAUACUGGGGGGAAAAUGGGGUUAGGAGAUCUUUAUUAAUUAUAAGAACACUGAGCUAGUUUAAAAAUUCUCUUUUGCAAUUAACCCAUCCCUACAAGUCUUCUGAUUUAUACAUGAAAUAAUGGAAUGUUCAGUGAGACAAUAAUUUUCCAGGUAAUCCAAGUUAUCCUUCAUGGAAAACUUAGGAGCACCUCCCCUCUGGAAUCUAGAAACCAGGACCAUUAAAUCUCUUGCUUCCAAAGAAACAAACUUGACCAUAAAUCUCAACUAGAGUUAAGUAAGGAAUCAUUUGUUUCUCCUGCAUAGGGGGAGGAAUAGAUGAGAGUAGAAACUCCAGGGAAAUAACAGUUCUCUACUAACAAUUGUCUCUCCUAAGUGGAGACUGCCUGGCUGAAGAAAAUAUGCAUUUAAAUGGCCCAUUAGCAAAGGAAAAGUCUCUCCCCAUCCUAAUCCCAGUUUGCUUUCAAAAUACCAGUCAAAUGCAUCAUGGAGCUGAUGACUAGGGACACCCAGCUGUUCCUCCUAGCCCUGGUGCUGCCCGUACCCUGACAUUCCCUUGGGCUCCAUGCAAUCUCCUGGGUUAUCCUUCACCCCUGACACUAGCCUUUGCAUCAGGACUGGGAAGGGGGGCUGGGGGCUCACAGACACGCUGUAUGUUGGAAUCCAAAUCUAUGCCAUGUGUUGUUUGCACUGUUGUUUGUCGCCCUCUGGCCAAGGCACUGAGACACUAGCGAGRAAGUGCAGGAGGGCCCUCUGCUCUCUACCUGUUCACCAGAGAUCAGAGAUCACCUCCUAAGAAAGUUGGUUCAGCUUUGAGCAGAAGGUCUGCAUUGCAAAAGGUGGCAGUCUCCCCUGGGGGAUAUCCAGAGAACUAAAUCUUUUCAUUGCAUCCCACUGAUCCUUCCAGGAUGUGAUUUUUCUCCCUGAAAUUAUUACCCAGGGCUCCCCAGUUGGGAGUUGAUCACCUUUCUCAUGUAGUGCACCCUUUUCCAGCUGGAUGAAAAUCUGGGGGUCCUAUUCCCUCUGCACAGCUCUCCUAAUCCACUCUGAAGGACCCCCAUUCCUGGAAAUGCUGCCUAGAAAUCUCCAAGUCCCUCAAGCAGACCACUGACAAAACCAACCUCGCCAGGCUCUCAGUCUUUGAGCAGUGAUGGGUUCAGUGUUAAAUGUGAUGAAUACUGUAUUUUAUAUUGUUUAAAUUGCAUCUCCCAGAUAAUGUGAAAAUGGUCCUGGAGAAGGCAGCUUCCUGUAUGCAGUGUGUGCUUUUUUUUUUUUUUUCCCUUAAAGUAACAACUCUGAGAAACAACAAUUACUACUUUGAAGUCAUAUCCAUGAAAAAAAUGUAUCUGCACUUAUA